ACCGCGAAAGGCUUGCGAUAUCUUGCUAAAAUUGGGCCUACCGCACGAAGAGAAUUUUGUCCUAAAACAUCGCUUGUAAUCUAUAGUUGAUUCCUCGGAAUUCGAUUGAAUUACGGCCCGAAGUACUUUAUCGCAAACCACCAUGUUAGCAUCGGCUGCCACGAUCACACGAUCGCAACACGAGCGACGAGCAGCAUCCUCUUCGUGUGCAAUUUGUCUUUUGCUGUGGUUCAGUGCAUUCGCUAUCGUUCAAGGGCAGCUCUUGAAGCAAACAGAUACGAUGUCUGCUGGAGAUAACACCUAUAAGGUAGAGCAGCUACCGAGCCCUCGCUCAAUUUUAGGGGAAGGCCCCGUAUGGGACAGCGAUAGCAAGAGUCUGUACUAUGUGGACAUUUUAACGCCGGCGGUACUUCGCUACGACUACGCAGAAAAUCGCACCUACAGUGCCAGCCUCGAUGGAGCUGGCUCGAUCUCGUUCAUCGUUCUAGUUGCCGGACAGCCAGAACAUUUUGUCGUCGGUGACAAUAACCGUGUCUCGUUAAUUCGAUGGGACGGUCGGGCAGAACAGGCCACUCGUCUCCGCACGCUGGCCGAUUUGGGUGAAACACAGGUUCAUGUGCGGUUCAACGAUGGCAAGGUAGACCCUUCCGGUCGUCUGUACGCCGGUACGAUGCGCCUGGAAAAGCUGGGCGAUCUGUUAGAGCAGCACGAGGGCCAAUUUUUCCGCUACGACCACGGUACGAUGGUGGUGCAGAAGAAAAAUAUCAGCAUUUCCAACGGGCUGACCUGGGAUGAGCCAAACAACGCGCAGCGCAUGUAUUACAUCGACUCGGCAGCCCGGGACGUGAAGGCGUAUGAUGUGGAUGAAAACGGUGAUCUGCGGAAUGAGUCGGUGUUCUUCGAUCUUCGAAUCAAUGGAAGCAACCCGAAUUACGUGGCCGACGGUAUGACCAGCGAUGCCGACGGUAACCUGUAUGUUGCGACCUGGGGUGGUUCGAAGGUGAUGAAGAUUGAUAAAACUUCGCGACAGGUAGUGCAGGAGAUAAAAAUUCCUGCGGAACAGGUGACGUCGGCAGCGUUCGGAGGUCCUAACUUGGACGAACUGUUCGUUACUACCUCGCUGAACGGAGACAAACCGGCGCCGGCGGGCGCACUUUUCAAAGUAACCGGUCUAGGCGUCAAGGGAAAACCAAUGUACAAAAUGAUUGUUUGAAACACUUUCCGUCCUUGCGUCGGUGCACUAGCUUUGGUGUACAAAUCGUCACUUUUUGCAGCAUGCCAAUAAAAUGUCUGCUUUCUU